AUGGAUGAGACCUAUGAUGUUAUUAUUCUUGGCACUGGUUUAAAGGAAUGCAUUUUGAGUGGAUUAAUGUCUGUAGCUGGCAAGAAAGUCCUUCAUAUGGAUCGGAACAGCUAUUAUGGUGGGGAAAGUACUUCCGUCACUCCACUUGAUGAUCUCUUUAAACGUUUUAACAAACAGUGCCCUGGUGAGAAAGUGUAUGGCCGUCUACGGGAUUGGAAUGUCGACCUUAUACCGAAGUUUUUAAUGGCUGAUGGUAAACUUGUCAAGCUUCUCCUACACACCGGGGUGACUCGUUAUCUGGAAUUCAAGUCGGUGGGUGGCAGUUACGUUUAUAAAGGCAAUGUGGAGUCUGGGAGAAUUUGUAAGGUUCCAAGCAAUGAAAAGGAGGCGCUGACGUCAGAUCUCAUGGGCAUGUUCGAAAAGCGCCGGUUCAGGAAAAUGCUUAUCUUUACUGACUCAGUUGAUGAAAACAAUUCUGCGACAUGGGGAGGCUUGCCUUUGAACAAGUGCACAAUGCAGGCCGUAUUUGACAAAUUCGGUGUUGAUAACAACACACAGGACUUUGUUGGUCAUGCCAUCUGUUUGUACCGCAAUGAUGACUACAAACGGAAUCUGUGUGCUUUGGAUGCAAUUAAGCGCAUGAAACUCUACAGUGACUCGCUCAGUCGGUACGGUUCAUCACCCUACCUCUACCCUCUCUAUGGGUUAGGCGAGCUGCCCCAGGGAUUCGCUCGCCUAAGCGCGGUUUACGGAGGAACUUACAUGCUCAAUAAGCCCUUCGAUGGAUUUGUCAUGGAGAACGGCAAAGUUGUCGGCGUCAAAUCAGAGGGUGAGGUGGCCAAGUGCUCCAUGGUAAUCUGCGAUCCCAGCUACGCGCCAGACUUGGUUCGGCAAGUUGGAAGGGUUGUACGUGCCAUCUGCAUCCUGGAUCAUCCGAUCGAAGGCACAAAUCAAGCCACCUCGUGUCAGGUCAUCAUUCCUCAAAACCAAGUUGGACGUAAACAUGACAUCUACGUCUCCUGUGUGUCCUAUGAUCACAACGUGGCCGCCAAGCCCUUCUUCAUUGCUCUGGUCGCCACCACGGUGGAAACACAGCAGCCCGAGCGUGAACUCACUCCGGGCAUUCGUUUGCUUGGCCACAUGAAGGAUUGCUUCGUCUCAGUAUCCAACAUCUACGAACCCACGAACAACGGCAGGGACAAUAAUAUCUUUGUCUCGUCGAGCUACGACGCCACCACACACUUCGAGACGACCUGCGACGACGUCCUCGACAUCUACGAGCGCGUCAUGGGCGAGAAGUUCGACUUCUCCAAGGUGAAGGCCACUUCAGAGGACGACCAGUAG